GAGCAAUUGAAAAGACACAGCUGAGUUCUUUCUUCAAGUGAACACCAGAGUCAAUUGCAGUCAUUUGGAUUGGGAUCAGGUAAGAUACAACAGAAUGGCAAAAAUGGUAAACCAACAAACCCCACAAAUUCUGAGAGCGGGAUGUCGAAUGCAGUUUGUCGCUAUAAUUAUUCUUGAACUAUUGCUUCUGGGUGAAAUCCAUGGCUGGAAGUACAAUUACACUAUUGAAGAUAUGUCUUGGAAAAAUGCAAGAUCCUUUUGUCAAAGCAAAUAUACUGAUAUGGUUGCAAUCCAGAAUGCAGAAGAAAUAGAGUAUUUGAAUAAUAACAUACCAAAAUCAAACAGUUACUACUGGAUUGGACUGAGGAAAAUUAAUGAUGUUUGGACCUGGGUUGGCACUGAGAAGCCACUCAGUAAAGAAGCAGAGAACUGGGCUACUGGUGAGCCCAAUAAUAGUGGAAAAACUGGGAAUGAAGAUUGUGUAGAAAUGUACAUUCAGAGAGACAUUGACUCAGGGAAGUGGAAUGAUAUUGACUGCAGAAGAAAGAAAAAACCUUUGUGUUACACAGCCUCAUGCAGUAAGACGUCAUGCAGCAGCAAUGGAGAGUGUGUAGAGACCAUUGGAAGUUACCGUUGUGUCUGCAAUGAUGGAUUCUACGGACCAGAGUGUGAACAUGUUGUGAAUUGUGCAAACCUGGAGGAGCAAGAACAAGUGACUAUGACCUGCUCGGAUCCACUUGCCCCAUUCGGUUACAACUCAACGUGUAACUUCAGCUGUGCUGAGGGGUUUCAGCUCCGGGGGUCAGAAACACUGGAGUGUGGAGCAUCUGGGGAGUGGUCAGCGCCAACCCCUCACUGUGAAGCAGUACAAUGUACAAAACUCGAGGAACAAGAACAGUUGAUUGUGACCUACUCGGAUCCGUUUGCACCCUUCAUUUACAACUCAACGUGUGACUUCAGCUGUGCUGAGGGGUUUGAGCUCCAGGGGUCAGAAACACUGGAGUGUGGAGCAUCUGGGGAGUGGUCAGCGCCAACCCCUCACUGUGAAGCUGUACAAUGUGCAAACCUGGAAGGGCAAGAACAGCUGAAUAUGACCUGCUCGGGUCCAUUUGCCCCAUUCGGUUACAACUCAACGUGUAACUUCAGCUGUGCUGAGGGGUUUGAGCUCCGGGGGUCAGAAACACUGGAGUGUGGAGCACCUGGGGAGUGGUCAGCGCCAACCCCUCACUGUGAAGCUGUACAAUGCGUAAACCUGGAGGGGCAAGAACAGCUGAAUAUGACCUGCUCGGGUCCAUUUGCCCCAUUCGGUUACAACUCAACGUGCGACUUCAGCUGUGCUGAGGGGUUUCAGCUCCGGGGGUCAGAAACACUGGAGUGUGGAGCAUCUGGGGAGUGGUCAGCGCCAACCCCUCACUGUGAAGCUGUGAAAUGUGACGUACUGGAGAUUCCUGAAAAUGGGAACAUGAGUUGCUCCCACCCAAAAGGAAACUUAAGUUACCUCUCAGUUUGCGAGUUUGGUUGCAUGAAGGGCUUCUCAUUGAACGGAUCAGUGACUCUGCAGUGUGAUAGCUUUGGACAGUGGUCAGCACCAAUUCCAGUCUGUGAAGAUUCCAAUCCACAACCAUUCCCUGAAAACUACACACCGAUAUUAGUAGCAUCUGCCAUGGCAUCUGGCUUCUCUGCUUUGACAAUGAUCAUCUGGCUAAUGAGACAACUCAGGAAGAAGGCACAAAGAAAAAAAUUCUCACUUUUAAGCAAUAAAACACAUAAAGCAUUGGGCACUUACAAAGUGAAUGAAGAAGUAUAGUGACAACUCAGUUCAGGCUUUUCAUAUCUUUAUGCAAAGGAUGACCAGAAAUGAAGGGAUUCAGAAGAUGUAUUCCAAUAGCACCGGAUUUGCAUAUUCAACCAUUCGACAAGCUGGUACCAUUAUGAAUGGGUGUAUCUCAGGGCAUCAUCUUUGACUUCAUUCAAACGAGUCUUCCAUCUUUCUGAAUGAUAAUGGUGGCAAAAUACCAAACUUGCCCUCUAUAGUCUUGUUUUACAUGCUUGGCUUCAUGGAAUUAAGCCUCAAGAGAUGGGUACUGGGCAAUCUGAAACUGCCACACCUCCAAAUCAAGGAGACACAGGCAACUCUAUGGUUGAUCCCAAACUAAUUUCAAAUUACUGGAUUUGCUGCCAAAUUUGAUUUGGUCCAGCCUUGCAUUGCGUGCUAUGUAGAUUUAUAUAGCUACAAUGUUUAUGAUAUGUAAUGUUUACAAUACUACUGAUUUCGAUGACAGCAUGUUAAAUACAAAACCACCGAAGAACAAAGUAAUGUACUACUCGUGAUAAUGGAUUUGUUUAAUGUUUUACAAUCAAUAGUCCCAUAAAGAUGGAAUUUCAUUUGCCUUUUCAUUCAGGUUCCCCUAUGCCACACAUUAUUUUCUGCUGCUGUGAGGAGGCAGCAUGUAUCUAGGUAUUUUCCUAAGCCUUGAUAUCUAACCUAGAAUAAUGUCUUCACUUACCUUUUUCUCACACCAAACUCUUACCUACUAUUUUUUUCCUCGUAUGCUCCCAGCCUUUUAAGACUGUGAGCAAAUUAAUGGCUGACUAUUCCAAUGGCCCAAUCAUUGAUAUAUAAAGCCAUUUCAUCAGCUAUUAAGUUAUGAUAUCUACCUUCAACAUUGUCUCCAAAAUAAUCAAUUAUCUUCCUAUUAGUUGUGGCCUACCCCAGUUGAUGGAAAGAUUUACUAGUAAUGAUAAUUGGUAAAGUACAGAACAAGCUGAAUGGAAAGUUAUUUAACAUUCCUUAACAUCAACAGAAUUAACAAAGAAUAAUUCUGUUGGGUCCUCUCAGGAAUCUGUGAAACAGCAGAAGACGAUAGAAUGUAUUGCAAUAUUCCACAGUUUGUAUUCACCCAUCUCAGUACAAAUUGGAUGUAUGAAUGUAUGCACAAUUAAUAUUUAUUUAAUUCCUCCCUAUGGGAUGUGUUUAACCAUUACCUGGAGUGUUCUCAUCAGAUUUAUCCAAUUGACUAAUCAGGUUGACCGCACAAAUCGGUGAAUCACGUUGUGAUCUUUUGUUAUCCAUAUAGCUCCAUACCUGUGUU